AUGGACCAAAAAAAUACUUAUGGGCUUGACCCUCACUCAUACACAAGCGGUCGAUGGCUUCGGGACGACAAACAUCAACGCCAGCUACGCCAGAUUGACUUUAACUUUGACGAGCUCUGUCGGAGGGUAACUGACGUUUCCCAUGGGAUCAAACACAUCAAAAGCUGUGAGAAGAAGGAGGGUGGCUUCAACAGGGUGUUCAUCUUCACCAUGGACGAUAGUUCACGCGUCGUGGCGCGGCUACCCUUCACAUCAGCUGGCCCAGCAAAACUAGCCACUGCUUCUGAAGUAGCAACUAUCCAAUACUUACAAAGAAACACCAGCAUUCCGAUCCCUAAAAUACUUGAUUGGUGCGACGACACGGCGAAUAUUGUUGGGAGCGAAUACAUCAUCAUGGAAUAUGCGGCUGGCAUUUCGCUACACCAGAAAUGGCCCUACAUGGCGGGCGAUCAGAAAGUCCGGUGCAUAGCCGCCAUUUACAAAAAGCUCAGAGAGAUGGUUGAUCUCAACUUUUCGGCCUAUGGAAGCAUAUAUUUAUCCACCACACCAUUGGACUCUUCCUCUAGGCUACCGCUAGACGGCGACUUCUGCCUCGGGCCCCACUGUGGAACAAGGUAUUGGGCUCGUGGCGACCCCAGGUACUACCACCAUACAGCUCCCAAUCAAGGUCCAUGGUCGACGAUCGGUGCAUAUGCUGAUGGCCUUGUCGAUGCCGGUCUUUCGAGGAUCCCACCGAAGGACUCUCAGCUCCCUAAUCGAUCAAUCUAUCAAGGCUCGGUUCAGGAACAUUUAACUCUUCUGGAAUGUGGUCGUGCGGUGCUAAAUAAAAUGUCUGCAGAUACUAGGGUCCAUGGUGCAGCUGUGCCUGUCUUGUUUCAUCCCGACCUACACAAAAGGAACAUAUUUGUUUCGCAUGAUGAUCCUUCGGUCAUAACUGGUAUCAUCGAUUGGCAGUCGACCAGCAUAGAACCCGCAUUUUGGUAUGCAGAUGAGGUCCCCGACUUCGCAACCGGUUCACCUUCCUCCGCAAGUGCCGAAGGAACAGAUAACAGCGAGCUAUGCACAAAAGCCUACGAAGCCUGUACCCGGUUUCUCACUCCAAAGCUCGCACUCCCUAGGUCAAUGGAUGAAGACGGCGCCGUUGCCUUUCGGGAUGAGCUCAUUGAAACCGCUCAAGACUGGGAAGCCCUCGGAUUGCAUGGUUCGUGUCCAUUUGCCUUACCGACCCCAGGAGAGAUGUCUCUGCACCGAAAGGAGUACAUCCGUUUUGAGGCAGCUCAGAACCUGAAGCGUGAUUUGUUAAGCUUACUUAACACUGCAUCUGAUGGAUGGGUUCCUCUAGACGACUGGGAAACGGCAAAAGCAGGAAAUAAAGCAACGUUCAAGGAAUAUUUGGAAGCCGUACUGACAAAUGGUGAUCCGGAUGAUGAUGAGCCUAUCAGGGAUGAAAAAGACCUGCGAGAUAUUUGGCCCUACGAUCUGCCGGAGUAA